UCCAAUCACAGCUGAUCACAUGUAAACACGGAAAUGGGACAUGUGCACUGAUAAUCAGGGCACUGAUGAUCAGUGUGCCCUGAUGAUCAUUGUGGUCCCAGAAGUGCCACCUGUCAGUGUCCAUCAGUGCCAGCAGUCAGUGCUCAUCAGUGCCACGUACCAGUGCCCAUCAGUGCCACAUCAAUGCCAAAUAUCAGUGCAUACCAUGCACAUCAAUGCCACAUAUCAGUGCCCAUCUGAGCUGCCUUUCAGUGUAACCCAUCAGUGCCAGUCAGUGCCACCUAUCAAUGCCAAUCAGUGCCACCUAUCAGUGCUGCCAAUCAGUGCCAGUCAG